CCUGAACAGACUCCUCGUUUGCAUCUGCAGCUGGCCGAUAUCACCCGACACAACCCGAUACAGGCCGCAUUCCAUCCACACCGCAUCACCCGGACGCCGAUUCUGUCAGGAUUACAACAAGACAGCGUUCGCCGAACCCGCCUGGACCCGCAUCCCUGAUAUAGCCCCUGCCGUCGUUGACACACUUUCCCCGCCAACCCAUCACCAUCGCCCCGUCGAUCGCAUCAUCCCGGUCUCCAUGAAGACGAGCCACAGCAGCAAUUCUCUUGCCGGAACCCUGACCGGCCGGCCUAUCAUUGUCCAGAAAUAUGGCGGCACCAGUGUCGGCUCGGGCGAGCGCCUCCUGGAGGUUGCGGCGAUUGUAAAGAAUACUGUUGUUCGGAACCGCCUUAUCGUUGUCCUCUCCGCCAUGAGCAAGCAGGUCAAGAGCGAAGGCACAACCAGCCGGCUGCUGGCUGCCCUGAAUGACGCCCUCCAGGAAGACACCAAGCAGAAGCGCUUUCUGGGAUAUAUGGCCGCCAUCGAGCGCGACCAUAUCAUUGCCAUCCGAAAAGCCAUCCGGUCGCCACAGCUCGGCGACGAGGCUGAACGCCUCAUUCUGACAGAGUGCAGUCGGAUUCGCGAGUUUCUCUCCGCAGCGCAGGUUAUUGGCGAACUGGCGCCAAAGUCAAGGGACGUCGUCAUCAGCACCGGCGAGAAGCUCUCGGCCAUCUUGUUCACCUAUACCCUGCGCGACCAGGGCGUCGACGCAUUCUACGUCAACCUCGAAAACAUCAUUGAGGCGAACCGAUUCGAUGCCAAGGCCAUCGAUCAGUCCUUUUACGACUACAUCGCCGUCCGACUUCAAGAGCGGCUUGGAGACUUUGGCGAUCGAGUUCCCGUGCUGACGGGUUUCUUUGGUCCCAUCCCCGGCUCGAUGCUCGAAACCAUCGGUCGAGGAUACACCGACCUCGCCGCUGCGCUUGCUGCCGUCGGCACUAGUGCCUGUGAGCUCCAGAUCUGGAAGGAAGUCGACGGUAUCUUCACAGCAGACCCGCGCAAGGUCCCCAAAGCCAAGCUGCUGGAGCGCAUUACCCCCGAGGAAGCAGCCGAGCUGUCAUACUACGGAUCCGAGGUCAUCCAUCCAUUCACAAUGGACCAGGUGAUCGACAAGCGCAUCCCGAUCCGCAUCCUCAACACAUUCAAUCCCUCAGGCCGCGGCACGCUGAUUGAGCCCAGGGAGGAGGAGAACGACCGAGACGACGAGAGCGACAUGUCCAGGUCGGUGUCCAUCAUCAAAGAGGAGUCUCCGGAGGAAUUCUGGACGCAGCUCCCGGACCGCCCAACAUACCCACCGACGGCCAUCACGAUGAAGGAGGGUAUCAUCGUGGUCUCAGUGCGAUCGAACCGCAAGAACGUCUCGCACGAGUUCAUGUCGCAGGUCUUUGCUGUCCUCAACAAGCACGGCAUUGUCUCGGACCUGGUCUCGACAUCGGAAAUCAACGUGUCGAUCGCGAUCUACUUUGGUUCCCAGAGCCAGGACGACGACGCUCUUAUGGUCAAGCUGGGCCCCGCCGUCCAGGAGCUUGGCAAGUUGGGCAGCGUCGCGAUCGUACCCGACCGGGCCAUCAUCAGCUUGGUGGGCAAGGCAAUGAAGCACACCGUCGGCAUCUCUGGCAUGGUGUUUAGCAUCCUCGGACGGAACCACAUCAACGUCGAGAUGAUCUCCCAGGGAUACCCCGAAACCAACAUCUCGGUCGUCGUCAAAUGCAGCAAGGCCGCCAAGGCCCUGCAAGUCAUCCACGACCACUGCAUUCUGCUCGACGGCCAUCCAUCCAAGUACUCAAAUCCGUCCCUGCCGUCGUUCUCGCCCGCGCCCUUCUAGCUGUUCUUGCAUAGCCAUUCUCUGCCUGGGUUCUGUCAGAUCGCAUUGACAAUACACCUGUCGUUUCAUCAGA